AUGAGUCAGACGUCCCCCGUGGCUCCUCCUGCAACCCACACGACCACUCGCUCCGAGCCCUCAGAGUUCAUUGUACUACCCGACCUCCUCGGUGAUUGCCACUAUCGCCUACGAGUAAAUCCUCACUAUGAUAUGGUCUCUCGCGCUUCUGAACAAUGGCUGUUUGACGAAGGGCGUCUUGUAGAGCCCGAAAUCACCAAAUUCGUGGGUCUGCGCGCAGGUUACCUCACUGCAGCUUGCUACCCUGAUGCGGAUCCUUUCCAUCUCCAAGUCUGUUCAGACUUCAUGAACUGGUCGUGGAAAAUGGAUGACUGGCUCGAUGAGUUUGAUGUUGACAGUGUCUUGGGUAUGCGUGAAUGCUGUAUUUCUGCAUUCAGAGAUCCCAUCAACUUUCAUACGAACAGAACUGCUGGAAAGAUGUGCAAAUCAUUCUUCAGUCGCUUCAGGGAGACGGGCGGCCCCGGCUGUACCGAGCGAUUGAUCCACACAACGGACUUGUACUUCAUUGCUGCGGCGAAGGAGGUGGACCACCCUGCAAAGGGACACAUCCAUGAUCUUGAAUCUUAUAUCACCUUCAGGAGAGAUACGAGCGGCUGCAAAUGUUGCUUUGCCCUCAUCGAAUACGCAGCUCAGAUUGAUCUCCCAGAUGAAGUAGUGUCGCAUCCAGUCAUGAUGGCGACGGAGGGUGCAGCCAAUGAUCAUGUCUCUUGGGUCAACGAUAUAUGUUCUUACAACGUGGAGCAAUCUCGCAAUGUGUCACACAAUCUGAUUGCCCUGCUCAUGCGCGAACGAGGCCUGGACUUGCAAGACGCUGUCGAUUACUCUGGCCAGAUGUGCAAGAGUGCUAUGCAGCGUUUUGAAGACAACCGUGCUAUCCUCCCGUCGUGGGGGGAAGAGGUUGACAGACAGGUAGCCAUCUAUGUUCAAGGGCUGCAGGACUGGAUCAUCGCUAAUUACCACUGGUCCUUCGAAUCCACCCGUUAUUUUGGCAAGGAUGGGGAGGCUGUCAAGCGGGACCGAAUCAUCAAGUUACUUCCCAAGAGGCCCUUGUAG